CUCCUCUGCUUUGCUCUGCCACUCUGCUGAGGUGGGGGGCAGAGGAGCUCCCCCUCCCUCCUCUCCCCUCCUCGCCAUGUCUAGCAGCGACCCGGAGGAGAUCAGGGCGCGCGUCGUCGUUCUCGGUUCGCCCCAUGCCGACGGCGGCGACGAGUGGGCCCGGCCCGAGCUCGAGGCCUUCCAUCUGCCGUCUCCCGCCCACCAGCCUCCUGGCUUCCUAGCCGGGCAACCGGAAGCAGCAGAGCAACCCACGCUCCCUGCUCCUGCUGGCCGCAGCAGCAGCAGCAGCAACACGCCUACUACAUCUGCCGGUGGCGGCGCUGCUCCUCCUCCUCCUUCUUCGCCUCCCCCUCCGCCGGCUUCUCUGGAGACCGAGCAGCCGCCCAAUGCCAGGCCAGCCUCCGCCGGCGCCAAUGACAGCAAGAAGCCCACCCCGCCCGCCGCCCUGCGCGACCUCUUCCGCUUCGCCGACGGCCUCGACUGCGCGCUCAUGCUCAUCGGCACCCUCGGCGCGCUCGUCCACGGCUGCUCGCUCCCCGUCUUCCUCCGCUUCUUCGCCGACCUCGUCGACUCCUUCGGCUCCCACGCCGACGACCCGGACACCAUGGUCCGCCUCGUCGUCAAGUACGCCUUCUACUUCCUCGUCGUCGGAGCGGCAAUCUGGGCAUCCUCGUGGGCAGAGAUCUCUUGCUGGAUGUGGACCGGCGAGCGGCAGUCGACGCGGAUGCGGAUCCGGUACCUGGACGCGGCGCUGCGGCAGGACGUGUCCUUCUUCGACACCGACGUGCGGGCCUCGGACGUGAUCUACGCCAUCAACGCGGACGCCGUGGUGGUGCAGGACGCCAUCAGCGAGAAGCUGGGCAACCUCAUCCACUACAUGGCCACCUUCGUGGCCGGCUUCGUCGUGGGGUUCACGGCCGCGUGGCAGCUGGCGCUGGUCACGCUGGCCGUGGUGCCGCUCAUCGCCGUCAUCGGCGGGCUGAGCGCCGCCGCGCUCGCCAAGCUCUCGUCCCGCAGCCAGGACGCGCUCUCGGGCGCCAGCGGCAUCGCGGAGCAGGCGCUCGCGCAGAUACGGAUCGUGCAGGCGUUCGUUGGCGAGGAGCGCGAGAUGCGGGCCUACUCGGCGGCGCUGGCCGUGGCGCAGAGGAUCGGCUACCGCAGCGGCUUCGCCAAGGGGCUCGGCCUCGGCGGCACCUACUUCACCGUCUUCUGCUGCUACGGGCUCCUGCUCUGGUACGGCGGCCACCUCGUGCGCGCCCAGCACACCAACGGCGGGCUCGCCAUCGCCACCAUGUUCUCCGUCAUGAUCGGCGGACUGGCCCUCGGGCAGUCGGCGCCGAGCAUGGCCGCGUUCGCCAAGGCGCGUGUGGCGGCUGCCAAGAUCUUCCGCAUCAUCGACCACAGGCCGGGCAUCUCCUCGCGCGACGGCGCGGAGCCAGAGUCGGUGACGGGGCGGGUGGAGAUGCGGGGCGUGGACUUCGCGUACCCGUCGCGGCCGGACGUCCCCAUCCUGCGCGGCUUCUCGCUGAGCGUGCCCGCCGGGAAGACCAUCGCGCUGGUGGGCAGCUCCGGCUCCGGGAAGAGCACGGUGGUGUCGCUCAUCGAGAGAUUCUACGACCCCAGCGCAGGGCAAAUCCUGCUGGACGGGCACGACCUCAGGUCGCUGGAGCUGCGGUGGCUGCGGCGGCAGAUCGGGCUGGUGAGCCAGGAGCCGGCGCUGUUCGCGACGAGCAUCAGGGAGAACCUGCUGCUGGGGCGGGACAGCCAGAGCGCGACGCUGGCGGAGAUGGAGGAGGCGGCCAGGGUGGCCAACGCCCACUCCUUCAUCAUCAAACUCCCCGACGGCUACGACACGCAGGUUGGGGAGCGCGGCCUGCAGCUCUCCGGUGGGCAGAAGCAGCGCAUCGCCAUCGCCCGCGCCAUGCUCAAGAACCCCGCCAUCCUGCUGCUGGACGAGGCCACCAGCGCGCUGGACUCCGAGUCUGAGAAGCUCGUGCAGGAGGCGCUGGACCGCUUCAUGAUCGGGCGCACCACCCUGGUGAUCGCGCACAGGCUGUCCACCAUCCGCAAGGCCGACGUGGUGGCCGUGCUGCAGGGCGGCGCCGUCUCCGAGAUGGGCGCGCACGACGAGCUGAUGGCCAAGGGCGAGAACGGCACCUACGCCAAGCUCAUCCGCAUGCAGGAGCAGGCGCACGAGGCGGCGCUCGUCAACGCCCGCCGCAGCAGCGCCAGGCCCUCCAGCGCCCGCAACUCCGUCAGCUCGCCCAUCAUGACGCGCAACUCCUCCUACGGCCGCUCCCCCUACUCCCGCCGCCUCUCCGACUUCUCCACCUCCGACUUCACCCUCUCCAUCCACGACCCGCACCACCACCACCGGACCAUGGCGGACAAGCAGCUGGCGUUCCGCGCCGGCGCCAGCUCCUUCCUGCGCCUCGCCAGGAUGAACUCGCCCGAGUGGGCCUACGCGCUCGCCGGCUCCAUCGGCUCCAUGGUCUGCGGCUCCUUCAGCGCCAUCUUCGCCUACAUCCUCAGCGCCGUGCUCAGCGUCUACUACGCGCCGGACCCGCGGUACAUGAAGCGCGAGAUCGCAAAAUACUGCUACCUGCUCAUCGGCAUGUCCUCCGCGGCGCUGCUGUUCAACACGGUGCAGCACGUGUUCUGGGACACGGUGGGCGAGAACCUGACCAAGCGGGUGCGCGAGAAGAUGUUCGCCGCCGUGCUCCGCAACGAGAUCGCCUGGUUCGACGCGGACGAGAACGCCAGCGCGCGCGUGGCCGCCAGGCUAGCGCUGGACGCCCAGAACGUGCGCUCCGCCAUCGGGGACCGCAUCUCCGUCAUCGUCCAGAACUCGGCGCUGAUGCUGGUGGCCUGCACCGCGGGGUUCGUCCUCCAGUGGCGCCUCGCGCUCGUGCUCCUCGCCGUGUUCCCGCUCGUCGUGGGCGCCACCGUGCUGCAGAAGAUGUUCAUGAAGGGCUUCUCGGGGGACCUGGAGGCCGCGCACGCCAGGGCCACGCAGAUCGCGGGCGAGGCCGUGGCCAACCUGCGCACCGUGGCCGCGUUCAACGCGGAGCGCAAGAUCACGGGGCUGUUCGAGGCCAACCUGCGCGGCCCGCUCCGGCGCUGCUUCUGGAAGGGGCAGAUCGCCGGCAGCGGCUACGGCGUGGCGCAGUUCCUGCUGUACGCGUCCUACGCGCUGGGGCUGUGGUACGCGGCGUGGCUGGUGAAGCACGGCGUGUCCGACUUCUCGCGCACCAUCCGCGUGUUCAUGGUGCUGAUGGUGUCCGCGAACGGCGCCGCCGAGACGCUGACGCUGGCGCCGGACUUCAUCAAGGGCGGGCGCGCGAUGCGGUCGGUGUUCGAGACGAUCGACCGCAAGACGGAGGUGGAGCCCGACGACGUGGACGCGGCGCCGGUGCCGGAGCGGCCGAGGGGCGAGGUGGAGCUGAAGCACGUGGACUUCUCGUACCCGUCGCGGCCGGACAUCCAGGUGUUCCGCGACCUGAGCCUCCGUGCGCGCGCCGGGAAGACGCUGGCGCUGGUGGGGCCGAGCGGGUGCGGCAAGAGCUCGGUGCUGGCUCUGGUGCAGCGGUUCUACGAGCCCACGUCCGGGCGCGUGCUCCUGGACGGCAAGGACGUGCGCAAGUACAACCUGCGGGCGCUGCGGCGCGUGGUGGCGGUGGUACCGCAGGAGCCGUUCCUGUUCGCGGCGAGCAUCCACGAGAACAUCGCGUACGGGCGCGAGGGCGCGACGGAGGCGGAGGUGGUGGAGGCGGCGGCGCAGGCGAACGCGCACCGGUUCAUCGCGGCGCUGCCGGAGGGGUACCGGACGCAGGUGGGCGAGCGCGGGGUGCAGCUGUCGGGGGGGCAGCGGCAGCGGAUCGCGAUCGCGCGCGCGCUGGUGAAGCAGGCGGCCAUCGUGCUGCUGGACGAGGCGACCAGCGCGCUGGACGCCGAGUCGGAGCGGUGCGUGCAGGAGGCGCUGGAGCGCGCGGGGUCCGGGCGCACCACCAUCGUGGUGGCGCACCGGCUGGCCACGGUGCGCGGCGCGCACACCAUCGCGGUCAUCGACGACGGCAAGGUGGCGGAGCAGGGGUCGCACUCGCACCUGCUCAAGCACCAUCCCGACGGGUGCUACGCGCGGAUGCUGCAGCUGCAGCGGCUGACGGGCGCGGCGGCCGGGCCCGGGCCGUCGACCUCGUGCAACGGGGCCGCGUAGGACGGAAUGGAUGGAUGGAUGGGUUUGGUUCCUCGAGAGAUUGAUGGGUGAGGAAGCUGAAGCUCCGGAUCAAAUGGUGGUACUCCAUGAUCGCAACAAUGAGGGGAAAAAAAGAAAGGAGAAAAUACGGUGGUUCAUAUGAUUGUACAAUUUGACGAUCUGUUUGAGUCGGGGUUUUAGGAUGAUGUAAACCUUCACUCGCCUUUUUUUUACUCUUGUUUCUCAUCCGCAUCAGUAUCAUCUAUCUACAUACAGUGUCAGAGAUGGGAACUGAUCCGCAUCAUCAUCUACCUCCCAAGGCACCCCAGAUUGUAUUAAUGUACUUAGUUAGCCUGUUUUAUAUAUACUUAUAAGUACCAAA